AUGGGCCAAGUCCAAAAAACACACUCUUCUAUUUACAAAGACUCACGUAUGCGCUCCCAUUCUCCGACUUGUAAUCCAAGAAGAAAAACAGAGCUGCGAGCUUGGACAACAUUCUUUCAUGGCGGCAGCUAGAAACACGUUGCAGCUGAGGCGAUUACUCUCUGCUCUUGCCCAUAAUAAUCAACCCUUCUCCUCUUCUCUCAAUAAAGAACAUAGCUGGAAGCUUCUUCCUUCCGCAAGUUCACUCUUCACCAGGAAUGAUUUUUAUGGGAGAGGGCUGCAGACUCUAGCAAAACCAACCAGCCAAGCUAAUGAGGAGUCGGAAAAUCAUGAAAAUGGUUUGAAGCCCAAUUGCAGCUCAGCCAAUGCUCCCUCCCAAGCAACCAGUAAUGAGGGUUCUGCUACAACUUAUUCUGCUUUAUCCAACUUGGAAACCUCUCCAAGGCAUGAUCUUGCCAUGAUCUUUACUUGCAAGGUCUGUGAGACAAGAUCUGUCAAGACAGUUUGUCGUGAAUCAUAUGAAAAAGGUGUGGUGGUGGCACGGUGUGGUGGUUGCAAUAACCUGCACCUGAUUGCAGACCAUCUUGGAUGGUUUGGACAGCCUGGAAGCAUUGAGGAAAUCCUGGCUGCUCGAGGGGAGGAAGUGAAAAAAGGGUCUGCCGAUACAUUUAAUUUAACACUUGAAGAUCUAGCUGGAAAGAAAAUCUUCAAAGAGUGAAUUCAGCUGCCAUGUAACAUCAUUCUAGUGACUUUUUUUCCUUCUCAAUAUGGCAUUUUCUGGCUGAACUCUCAUUGAUAUAUUUGUUUUUCUUUAUAAUUUAAAUUAGAUGUCUUCAUAUAAA